AUGCUUCUUCCAAGUGAAGUACCUGAAGAAAGCUACUUUUGGACGAUCCAAACCGAUGACAACAACGAUAAUCUUCCGAACAUGGUCUCGAGCGGUUGCGAUGAGGAGCGAGCUAAAACGGUGGACGAAAGAAGGCAAAGGAGGAUGAUAUCGAAUCGAGAAUCAGCUCGAAGGUCCCGAAUGAGGAAGCAGAAGCAUCUGAACCAGCUAUGGUCUCAACUGGCUCGGCUUUGCAAUGAGAACCGUGAUCUUGAGGAGAAGGUGAGCCGUUUGAUGGAGUCUCAGCAGCUCCUUCUCCAAGAGAAUGCUAAUCUUAAACAACAAGUUUCGGGUUUUCGACAAAUCUUAAGGGACAUGGAACUUGAACAACAACUUGUCGCCCAAUUUUGA